AAAAAAUACAAUAUGACCAUUUGAAUCCUGAGCAUUUUUCCAUCUGAACUAAUCUGAUCUAAUCAAUUAAAUUAUUUCUGUGACACAACACAGCAACACAACUCUGUGAGCUCAGUUCAUUGUUGGAUGUCAAAGCAUCUAAAACAUAUGAAACCAUGUAGCUCAACAAGGAAAAAAUGACAUGAUGGGAUUUUAAUGGAAAGUUCAGCUUUAUCCAAGUGGGGUCCUGCUCAUAAACUGUACCGAAUCCAGUCAUACAGGGAAUAAUACACUUCAGCUGCUAUGGAUCUGGAUGUAGUGACCUUAUUUGCCAUUGCUGUGGGGACGCUCGCUGUUCCACUUUUACUUUUCAUGGCAUCCUUUAUGCUGUGGCCUUCAUCACUUAUCAAAGUUUAUUUCUGGUACUGGAGGUGCAACCUGGGCCUGCAGGUGUACCAUGCUAAUUGUGGAGGCUAUCGGUUCUGUUACUCUUCCAGAGGGAGGCCUAGCGUUAGACCCUCUAUCCUCAUGCUGCAUGAUUUCUCUGCUCACAAAGAUACAUGGCUCCCUUUGAUUAAGUACCUUCCAAAGCAUCUGCACCUUCUGUGUGUGGACAUGCCAGGGCAUGAGGGGACUACACGUACCAGUGCAGAAGACUACUCCAUCCAUGGACAGGUUAGGAGAAUACGCCAGUUUGUAGAAACUAUUCAUCUGAACUGGAAACCCUUUCACUUGGUGGGCACCUCAAUGGGAGGAAAUGUAGCUGGAGUGUAUGCAGCCUGCUACCCCGCUGACCUCUGCAGCAUGACACUCAUCUGUCCAACUGGUGUAAAGUACCCUUCCAAGACUAAAUCUGAUAAGCACAUGCAUGAGUUGGAGUUUAGUGAGGCCAUGCUUGGGGUCUCUCUCAUCCCAUAUACACCACAAGAAAUGGGGGACAUGCUGAAGCUCUGCUCCCAUGUACGCUUUAAAGUCCCCCAACAGAUUCUUCAAGGACUGGUGGAUGUACGACUUCCACACAAUGAAUUUUAUCAUGAAGUUUUUAAGGAGAUUAUGAAGGAGAAGAAUAAAUAUGCCCUGCAUGAACACAUGCACCUGAUAACCACCCCUGUUCAAGUCAUCUGGGGAAAGCAGGAUCAGGUAGUACAUGUGUCUGGGACAUGUUUGCUGGCUGAGGCUCUGCCAGGUUGUCGUGUGGACCUGCUGGAGAAUUGCGGCCAUUCUGUAGUAAUGGAGCGGCCCCGACGCACUGCCAAACUGAUCUUAGACUUCAUCUCAGAGCAGAGCUUGCCAAAUAAAACUAUCAAGAAGAAUUUCUAAGACAUACUUUUUGACAAAUCAUUUAGCCAAUAGUUUUGUUUUUGCCUAUGUAAAAGUGUGGUGUCUCAGACUAAACAGUAAGAAUAUAGCAGGUAGAUCAUAUUUUCAUUUUGAAUGCAAUAAGAAAUAUAUUUCAAUGCUGUAUGUUAUUGAGAAAGUCUUAAAAAUGGGGCUUAGUGACCCUGCGGUCUGUGAAGAGUUUUUAAAUGUUACAGUGAUGAUCAGGUUCAGCCAUUGUCAAAGAUGACUAGAGUUCUUAUUGUUAAGUUUUGCACUUAAAAAUGUACAUUUUCAUUUAACUAAAGACAUUUAUUUUUAAUUAAAUAGGCUUAAUUCGAAGUUUAGGAGCUUAAAAAAUAAGUAUAUAAAUAUACAUCUCUUUACAUUUUAUAAAAACAAACCCUGAAAGAUGCUGUUAAUGUGGAUGAAAUGUUCAGGAAUAAACAAAACUCUGAUUAAAUAAAUAUGCAUAUGCUUGAUGUUUCAGUAGUUGAUUGUGUAUAUAAAAUAAAACUGUGCCACAAUCCUAAAUAUAUCUUUAGAAGUCUUUUUGUGCACUGAUCAGGUCCCUGCUUGUGGUGUUUGACAUAUAAUGGCCCUGUUUGUUUAUG